AUGGGUAAACUCGUAUAUCAACUACACGACUUGAUGAACUUGCGUCACGAUUACUACUACGACAUUCAAUUGAAAGAUUUACUUCCCCGCCAAAGGAAAUUGAACAAGCGACAACAAAGCCCUCAAAUGGUUACUUGGGAUUACAAAUCAGGCAAAAUAAUACCCGUUUCAGCUUUCAUACUUCUACAACUGGAUAACAAGAGUUCAAAUAUGCAAACAAGUCCAGAUAUGUAUCCUCCUAUCUGGUCACCACCAAUAUCAUCCAUACCCAGCACUUUGCCAUCGACGUUUCAGUACCCAGAUUAUCCUUUCCAAGGGGUAAUGGUUCCAGUGAUUAACAUCGACCAGGAGCUUUCGGUGCAAUGUAAAUCUUCACCAUCGGAGAAGCACAAUCCACAUUAUGCGUCGUCUGCGUGGUACAACAGUCCCAUCAGUCCACCAGUUGCAACUUUGAGUAAAACAAACAAAGACAAGGGUAUUGAAUUAGCAAAAUGUAGUGAUGUGAGUUCAGGUGAUGAGACUUCAAGUGAUGACAUCCUCAUUCAAAUACACUCCUCCAACCUGAAGAAAGGUGAUUCGCCUGGUAGCAGAGUCUGA